UCACCACCAAUCCCAAGUACCAAGAAAUUUUUUCUGUAAAAUUAAUAAACGAAGCCCCCCUGCUCCGUAAAAAACAAGAGAAGAAAUUGCCCAACCAAUUAGGCCGAGAGCCAAAAAUGAAAAUUAUUUCCCAAUCCCCUAUUACCACCCGACAAAUACGCCCUACAAGAAUGAGAGCCGUUCAUCCGAAUAAACUUAAAUACUGCAACAUCCCCACUAAAUAUAAUAUCCUUUUGAAUCACGUGAAGCAAACCCCUAAAGAAAAUCCUUUCUCUCAAUUAAUUCCAUUGAAAACAACCCGAAUAAAAGAUAAUUUAUUUGAACUACAAUUUAUUCUACACGAGGUAAUAAAUUGGAAAGAAAUACUGUCAAUGAUUGACAAACAACAUGCUAUUGUUCCUCGGCAUGGAAAGACUACACGGAAAAAAGCAAACCACGUUAACAAAAAUUGGUAA